GAGAGAGAGAGAGAGCGCGAGACCCAACACGCAGCAGAAGCAAGAUGUCAGCGGGUGUGUGUUCCCUUGUUACCCUGCGGUGUGUGUCAGGCUUGCGGUGCUUGAAGGCGGCAGUGUCCCAGCGGGCUGUGCAUACCUGUCCCGCUGCUCUGGGCAUCACCAACCUCCCUGCAGGCCGCCACACCAUUCCUGACAGCAGGGCACAGGUGGAGACCUCGACAGCAGAGUGGCACUAUGUGGAGCGGCUGUUCCCCCUCAAGUCCAUCCCUAAACCCACAGUGGCCCCAGGUGAGGUGACACCGUCUGGAUGGGUGGCACCGUCUGCCAAGCCCGGGGACCAUCCUUAUUUUGUCCGCCGUAGCCCCAGCCACAUGAUUCCUGUCUACCUCCACCACAUACCCCAUAUAUCCAAAUACCGAACAUUUGUGAGCCAUGUGGAGGGGGAUGUGUUUGCCCUUCUGGAGGAGCUGCGGGAGUACUUGCAGGACCGGAAGCACACCAGGAUCCUCAACAUGAGAGCGCAUGAACCUCACCAGAAGAUAGAGAUUAAGGGGCAGUAUGUGGCAGAAGUGAGGGAGUUCUUGCUGGAGAGAGGAUUUUGAAAGCUGAUGGGCACUCUCUUCUUCCCUCUCUCUUUCUCUUUCUUUCUUGGUACUUCUAUUUCCUUUGCUUUUUAUAAGUUACCUGUCUUAUUCUUUCGUAUUCCUUCUUUCUUCCUUUAAUUUUGUCUUCUUUAUUUUUCCUAGGAUUUUGAGAGCUGAAGGUACUUUUCUUAUUCUUUCUUUCUCCUUUUGUUUUCUUUAUUUUCUUAUUUUCUAUCUCCUUCAUUUAUUCCUCUUGUUUUUUUUCCUUUCUCCCUCCUCCAUUUCAUACCUUCUAUUUGUCUUAUCCUGUCUUUUCUCUCUCACUCUCUUUGAAGGUUCUUGACUUUCAUUCUUCCCUCUUUCUCUGUUGAUGCUUUUUUUUUUUGUUUUGCCUUGAUACAAUUUAAUGUCAUUCUACUUAUAUUUCCUUUACCUUUCAUUCUUUCUGUCCCUCUUUCAUCUCUCUCUUUGGUUUUUCUGACUACUGCUUGUGUCCAUCCUCUUCCUUCACUUCGACACCACUACUACCACUGCCACUGCUUCAUGAGAUCAGCAGGACUCUCUUGCAGGAGACAUGGCGAGCAAGAGGAGGAGCACCACCACCAGAACUAUCACUGUUAGUCCCUUCAUCUUGUCACUGGGGAGUGGCUUCCUUCCUUACCACUAAAUAUUGAUAGAAUUUGAGACACUUAACCAUUAUCCCUGUGUGUAUAUAUAUAUAUAUAUAUAUAUAUAUAUAUAUAUAUAUAUAUAUAUAUAUAUAUAUAUAUAUAUAUAUAUAUAUAUAUAUAUAUAUAAAUAUAUAUAUAUAAAAUUUUGUACCAGUUUAUAAAAAAAAUGUAUAUAGUACUGUAAAUAUAUACUUAUGUGUAUAUCCCUGUCCCUUGUCUGUAAUAUAAUAAUAAAAAUAUUGUAAUGG